GAGAUGAGGGGAGACAGAGAGCGGAAUGCGGAGAGAGAGGGUGAAGAGCGAGAGGUGCAAUUGAGCAAGUGAGCUAACAAGCUAACUAGCUAUAGACAGUGAGGGGGCAGAUUAGAGGUGACAGUGGAGAAUGGAGAGGACUCCGUACACUCGGCGAGUUUUGUCCGCAGAAAGGGUACUCAAACUCGGUCUCUACCGACCAGGGGGCGUGUGCUGAAACUGGAGAAACACCGGUGGAAAGUAAGGAAUGGCUGAUCCUCUGCGGAGGACUUUACUAGCAAAACUUCGGGGGAAGAAAUCCAAGAAAGGGACACCGGCUGGUGGAUACGGCGCUGCAGCUAAUGGGGGCAGAGAAGGUAAAGAAAAAGUUUAUCAAAACCCAGACGGACAAGCUCAUCCAGUAGUAAUGUUCGCAGAGUUGCAUUGUGUGACAGACAAUAUCAUGAGAGGUAACGAGAGUUAUGUGAACGGGAUUGUAGAAAACAAGGUCGGAUCAAUUUUGGAGCAGAGCACGGUAGGAGUUGUUGAGACUGGUGUGUUUCCCCAGCAGUACGAGCCUCCAGCUACCAUGCACAUAAACACUAGCCGGGGGCCGGGAGACAAUCAGGGUAGCGGGGGCUCGGGGUUUAGGGGUCGAGUUAAUGAAGAACGCUUGGGGGUCUCACUUCAAAUAGCAACGCAGUACGGGGGACACGAUAGAGACGAGAUGAGCAGAAUCCAUAAACAAGGGCCCGGCUACUUUUCGAGACAAGUACAACAAGAACACAUCGGGAGACCGCACGAACAGAGAAAACACUUUGGCCCAAUUCCGCGACAGUACAGCGCAGGGGACUCAAUCGGGUUCGGGGGCAGUAGUCCUAAUAAUCCUAUUAUAUACCACAGACGGCCUGGUUUUGUAGAUCGAGAGGUAGUUAAACUGACAGAUGGCCACUAUCCUGCUUCAAAUAGUAAUGGGACAAGUGUCUGCUUUGACGAAUAUCUAAAGACUCGAGUCAGCGACAGGCAGGCAGACUCCUGCCAUCAAACUGUGUACAACUACAAGGCAGAGAAGGCACAGAUGUCAAUAAAUGAUUUAAAAGGCAAGGCGAACUUGCAUCCUGGCCAAAACCAAAUAUUGGAAACAAACGUUACAACUAACUGGAUGCAAAUGUAUCCGCCGGGUGUCCUAUGUGCGCAUCAUCCGACCGGUAGUUACACCGAGGAAAACAUUGUUAUUAAAAACAUUGAGCGUUACGGGAGCUCGCCUGAAUUUACGGGGGACAACAUUAGGGGGACACAUUUGCAGAGACCCACAUUCUUCCCCACUGAAUUGGAGAUAUGCGAAGUAACCGUGGCCUCCCAUUUCAUAUGCGCUAGAGAGGGAACACUCCGACACCACUCUAUAGAUAGCGAGGAUGACGAUUAUUAUGAUAACGAAAUUCUCCCCUUUUACGCAUCGGAAUCAGUAGGACCAAAUGACAGAAAAGGCUCUGAUAAAGUAGAAAGCAUAGAGUCGGGAAUAGAUGUUCCAAAAGGACAUGUCAUCAGUGACAGUGCGCAGGAGACAGACAGACUACAUAGCCAGCUGAAAGAGGCUUAUUACCUGCUUAUAAACGCCAUGCAUGAUAUUAGUUUUGAUGGUCAGGUCUGUGUCAACGGAUUUAUAGAUGAGAAGAGCUCCUCCAGUCACUCUCAGGACAGCAUGUGCUCGUGGUCAUCCUUCAAGCACAUGGCCAGUGAUGCUUGGUCAUCUGGAGAGUACAGUGCCCAACAGGUGUCUGACAUGGACUUACUCCUGUUGUGCCUGCUGAGUGAAAAUAAUAAUAAUUUAAUUAGCAAGAGCCUUGUGAACCAAUCUGCUAGCAGGUUUAGGCCCCCCUUACUGCGUUCCUCUAGUGACGGAACUAUCAAAUACUCCAGUGGUGUGCACAAUGGGCCCUGUAUCCUCGGUUCCCAAAGCCCUGCUGUUGUUGGGGCCUGUGAGGAUGGGGAUGGAGCAAGUAGGCCGAAGGCUGUUGGAGCCUCUGAACCAUUUGAGAAACAGACUAGCUACGAUGGUGGCACGAGCAGCGACGACCUGCUCCAAGACACCGGUGACGAUGGCAAGUUGAACGAGAGGAGAGGCUCGGUCAACAGCCUUACCGGGUCAUCUGACAAUGCAGAAACCCAGCAGGGUGGUAACAACAAUCGAGACAGCGAGAUGAGCGGUUGGGCUCUGGACCAGGGAGGCUCUGCCAAGUCCCACGGUGUCACCGUCAACAAGAUGCAGGAGUGGAUGCACAAAGGCCGCCUACUGUCAUCUGAGAUGAAGCAGCGCAUUGCAGGCUCCACGCCCCAACCCCAUGGUGCCCACGGUGGCCUGGAUAGGGCACCACGGCCCAGCCAGGGCCAGGUCAGCUCAGUUCCAGGUGGAUCUAAACCAGCAGCCCUGACAACCAGAGUUCACAGGGCUAAACCAGCCGCAGUGGUCUCAUGCCAGGGCCAGGCAACGCAGCAGUCAGCUCUGAUAGAGAAUGACCACUCCUCCUUCUCCAAUGGCUGUGAUGUGGGCGGGGGCAAGGCCGUCGAGCCAUCGCUAUGGAGACCCCCGCUCAACACCAUCACCGUCUCCAAAAAACGUAACUGGCUCCAGCAGAGCUCUGGGAGGCCGCAUCACACCACGGACGACCCCCAGUGCUUUCUGGGAGCAGAAGAAUACAAUGGACAAGGACAAGGACAAGCUCCCCUCCCCCCUCUUAGCCCCUCCCCAGAGAACCUAAACCCUACCGGGACCCCUAUCCCGCCCCUCCGCCUACACCUGCCCCUCGUUAGCAUGGGCCACGCCUGUGUGGCGCCCCAUCCCAGGUGUGUGGACCCGGCCGAGGAGAAUGAUGCGGACGAUGAGGGGGAGAUCUGGUACAACCCCAUCCCUGAGGAUGAGGAACCAGAGCUGCAUCACAGCCACAGACCCACUCCCACCCCCCAGGUCAGGCUGAUGGUCCAUACACGGCCCCAGGAUCCUCACGUCCCCCAGGCCCAGAGGAGGUCCAGCAGGGGAGAGGAGGCCGGGGUCGGGCGGGCCCCGGAGGGAUGCAGCCCUGACCUGGAGGGUGUGGGGGAGAGCCUGGGUGGCAGAGGUGGAGAGCGGAGUCAGCAGGGGAAUGCCAUACAUUGCAUGGAGCCGUCUCUACAUCAGCACAGACAGAUGCUGCUCGCGUGCAAACCUCAGAAGGAGGGGCCAUCCAGGUCCAGCAGAGCCACAGCUACAGCAGAAGCCCCUGACCUGGCCAUCCCUGGCUUCUCGCCGCCCUCCAGCCCCAACCCUGCCAAAAAGGGAAGCUCCCUCAACAAGAUCAAGUCCCCACGCACCGUCAGGAAACUCUCCAUGAAAAUGAAGAAGCUUCCGGAACUCAGCCGCAAGCUCAGCAUCAAAGGGACCCCUAGCAACAACAACAACAGCAGCUGCAACGGAGCCAGCGCGAGCAGCCACUCAGAGACAAGGACCCAGUGUCCCAAAACCAAUAGUGUGUCAGAACCAGGCCUGGCUCCUCCCAGGUUGUCCCCAGGGGGCGGGCAGGGGGCGGCGGCUAGCCAUAAUGUGAUCUCGAGGUAUCACCUGGACAGCAGUGUGUCGACGCAACAAAGCUACAGCAAGAAGAAGGGCAGCGGGACCUCCAAGUCGGCUAGCAAGGGGGGCUACCUCAGUGACGGGGACUCUCCAGAACUGGUGGCCAAGUCUGGGAAGCACGGAUCCUCAGAGGGCAAGGGAGGCAAUGGGAAGGAGAAAGACCCAGCCAUUGGAGGAGGAGAGAAAACAGGAGCUGGAGGAGUAACAGUAGGAGGUGGCAACCCCAAGCUGCACGGCACAGAACUAGACAUUGACGCGUUCCGCCACUACGCCUUCACAGAACAGCCCAAGUGCACCCAAUACAUCUCGGGCCUGAUGAGCCUGCACUUCUACGGCGCCGAGGACCUCAAGCCACCACGUUUCGACUCCCGAGACGUCUACUGUGCCAUCCAGGUGGACUCGGUCAACAAGGCGCGCACUGCCCUGCUCACCUGCCGGACCACCUUCCUAGAUAUGGACCACACCUUCAAUAUUGAGCUGGAGAAUGCUCAGCACCUGAAGCUAGUGGUGUUCAGCUGGGACCCCACACCCAAGAAGAACCGGGUGUGCUGUCACGGCACAGUGGUGUUACCGGCACUCUUCAGGGUGACCAGGAGUCAUCAGCUGGCGGUGAAGCUGGAGCCUCGAGGCCUGAUCUACGUGAAGCUGAACCUGAUGGAGCAGUGGCAGAACUCCCUGGAUAGAGGCUACAAUGGGGACCGGGAGCCACAGAUGUUUGGGGUGGAGGCCUGGAGGGUGGUGGAGAGGGAAAACACGGGACUCAUGCUGCCCCUGCUCAUCGAGAAGUGCAUCACGGAGAUCGAGACGAGAGGCUGCCAGGUUGUGGGCCUCUACCGUCUGUGUGGCUCAGCAGCAGUAAAGAAGGAGCUGCGGGAGGCCUUUGAGAGGGACAGCCUGGGAGUGGAGCUCUGUGAAAACACCUACCCUGACAUCAAUGUCAUCACAGGUGUUCUGAAGGACUACCUGCGUGAGUUGCCCUACCCCCUCAUCACUAAGCACCUGUACGAGGCUGUGUUAGACUCCAUGGCUAAGAGGCCUCUGCGUAUUGGAGCAGGAGGAUGUGAGAACGACCCGGCAGACACAGAACACACCGUCAGUCUCCUGGAGAACCUGCCAGAGGUGGAGAGGUUGACCCUGCGGAGGCUGCUGGACCAUCUGAAGUUGGUGGCGUCACACCACGAGGUCAACAAGAUGACGUGUCAGAACCUGGCGGUGUGCUUCGGCCCCGUGCUGCUCAGCCAACGCCAGGAGGCCAGCUGUCAUAGCAACCGGGUCUUCAUCGACUCGGAGGAGCUGGCCAGCGCCCUGCACUUCAAGAAGCAUAUCGAAGUGCUGCACUACCUGCUGCAGCUAUGGCCAGUGGUGGACCCACAUGGCAAGACCUCGUCCCCCAUCCCGGAGCCCCCCGGCCCAGCCGACCAGCCGGCCGCUCCCCCCCUGCGUCGGAGGAAGGAGCGCCCCCAUGUGCUGAACUUAAGCGAUGCAGAGAUGGCCGGGGUGCUGCGGCCCAGGCCGGGCCGACUGGACAGCCCUAGCAACCGUUACGCCGGGGACUGGAGCCGCUGCGGAGAGAGCUACUUCCCGCCUCCUCUGUCCAGGGAGGAGAAUGACUAUGAUGAUGUUCCUUCUGAGGAUAUGGAGGUCACUGAAGAGGGACAGGAGGGGGUAGAGGACAGGGGACAGGAAGGAGGAGAGGAGCAGAGACAGGAAUGGUUACUGGACAGGGGACAGGAGGAGGGACAGGCAGAGCCAGCCACAACCGAACAGGAGCCCCCGCUACUCGAGGAGGUGAUGGAAGGACCUGUAGAAGUGGAGAAAGAGGAGAGAGAAGCGGAGGAGGAGAGCGAUGCAGAGAAAAGAGUGGAGGAGAGCAAUGGCUCCAGUGGCGGUCAGCCGUCAGACGACAGGGUGUUUGAUGAUGAUAAUGAUGAUGAUGAUGAGAGCAUCCUGCCCCUCCACCUCCCCGAAGAGCACACGUACCAGGCCUACAUAAAGAUCCAGGACAUCAGCCCCGUGCUCAGCAACAGGGUCAACCUGCGAGACCUGCAGGAGAGCAUCGACACGCUUAUAGGCAACCUGGAGAGAGAACUAAACAAGAACAAGCUCAACGUCGGCUACUGACUCAACACACACACAGCCCAACAGGCUGCUAACUCAAACACACAGCCCCCAAUGGGGGGGGAAGGCUUAACUAAUUCUAGGAGCUCAAGACUUGAGUUGUUGGGGUUCAGGGAUUGGGCCCCAUGGUUGCCGUGGUGAAUCCAUGACGACACAAUGACAUGUGCACCAACAGUAUCAUGCGUUCCUGCAGAACUCUGGUGUUUAGAACUCUGGUGUGUGAUUGGCUGGACACUUCAUUUUGCACCUACCCACAAUACAUUCUGUGAUGUUUCCUUAAUGUUUUGUUUUUGUUGACUUGUUUCUGUUGUUCUUGUCCGGUUGUGUUUGUUGUUGUUGUUGUUGUUGUUGUUGUUGUUGUUGUUGUUGUUGUUGUUGUUGAUUGCUUCUCUUCUUAUUAGAAUAACCCAUUGACCCCCAGGGAUUUAAACAGUGCCUUAAUUGUGUGAAGGUGGGACUUUAAGGCAGGGGACAGCUUUUCUAUUGAGGUACGAAACAUUAUGAUGUACAACAAUGCACUUAUGAGGCAGGCUUUAUUGUAUAGUAGCUGACGUUUAGGUACAGUAUAUGGUACAUGCAGUAUGGCUGGCUAUGGACUGGGAGGAGAACAAGGGAGGAGAGCCACCAGCUAGCGGUUAGCCCACUGAGCACUCCUCCUGGGGCAUGAGGGCAACGCUGCUGGGCCCUGUCGGAUGGGCAGAUGGAGCCUGGGUUAGACCCACAGACCCUAUCAUAUACACAGUCACAGACAUACCUGCUCGAAUACGAUGGAGAUACACAUAUAAAUGAGAACAUAUGGGUGAUAAGUGUUUCUCUCUACUUGCUAGAACACGCAGAGUAGCUAAUCUAAAGUAAAAAAAUAUAUAGAAAAAUGGUUUAAUGUAUUUGAAAAAGUAAUCAGUGAAUAUGAUGACGUUGAUGAAAACCAUUGCUGUCUGGUUUUCUUUCACCACCUCCUGCCCAACCUCCCACAUGAUCUAGACAGCGGGUUUAAAGAGGCAAAAGCCCAAUAUGGGAGACUUAUGUAUGGUACAUACUGCCUGAGAACAGCAGUUCCCAUGUUUCAUAGAAACAGUUACUGUGUGGAAAGGGCUACAGCGAGGGCUAUGAGAGUCCGCUACCUAAAUACAUAUAAGCAAGUUUUCAGCAAUCCAGGGAUUCAGAAUGAUCAGUAUUUAACAUAUAUAUGUAUAUAUAAAUGUAUUUGGAGUAUAUAAUUUUUUACAGUUUAUAUAUAUUUCCAUACAGGCAUAUUUAAAUGCUCUCCGUUACCUUGUAGUAUGGAUCUAUAGAUAUUAACAGUCUCAGACUAUAUGUUGUGUUGCUUUGUUUCCUCCUCCUCAAGCUACCUGUACACAUCUUAAACGUGCUGGACUAAUGGUACAAUUUAAGUUGUAAAUUAUAUAAGCUAGAAAUAUGUUCUUGCAGGAAAAGAAAUAUUGUUAUUUUUGUUAUAUAUUUUUGUACAUAUUUGCCAUCUGUUUUUGUCGCCGGUUGGUCUGAGCUGUGUACAUAUUUGUGUUUAAAAGGUAAUGAUGAACAUUGUUGCAUGGUCAAAAGCUUUAUUACUGACAUAAACAAGUAUAUUUCCCAUCUCCUGAGGUUAUCAUAUCAUAUUUAUGUGUACAUACAGAGAUUAUUUAAAAUGUGUUCCUAUCCCACUUUUUUGUCAUCCCGUUGGCAGCUGCUCACACACACAGACUAACAACAAGGUUGUUCAAACUGACAUUAAAUUGAAAUAAUAAAACAAAGGAAAAUCAUUCAGCUAGCUAGCUAAUCCCUGAGGCAAUGGCGGUGCAGUGCAGUCGUUUCCGAUGGUGAUGGGAAAACUAUUAAGUGUCGAGCUGUGGUUGUGUCCCAAAUGGCACCAUAUUCCCUACAUAGUGCACUACUUUUGGGUCCUGGUCAAAAGUAGUGCACUACAUAGCGAAUAGGGUGCCAUUUUGGAUGCACAUGCCAUUACAUAAGUAUGUUUUUCUGGUUGUGUUUCUGGUCUGGCACUCAUUCCUUACCUCCAGGCAUGGAUGGCGUGUGGACUGGAGGUUCAGUUUGGAAUGUUCAGCAGAGUGCCAGUCCAGUUUACCAGCUGUUUAUCCCUCACAUGGAAGACACACACACACACACACACACACACACACACACACUCACUCACAGGCGACUAAUCUAGUCAAGCAUCAUCUCUGUCUCUUUUCACUCUCUAUGAGCUGCCUUUCCUCCGUCUCUCUAUCAAUGCAUUCCUCCCUCUCUCUAUCUUUCUCUUCCACCCUCUCUCAAUCUUGUGUCAGAUGUCCACAUGCAAAAUGCACACAUACAUAAAUGUCUGCCUGUACUGUACUCUUCUUGUAUGUUUUUUGUAAUAGUUGUUUUGUUUCAUCUUUGUCCUGUCUGUGUCUGUUUGUCUCUUGGAAAUAGAGAGCUAUUAUGAAUGCAUCACUAAACAGAAUAUUACUUUGUACUGAUCUUGAGAAAUGUAUGGUCAUAUUAAAUUAUAUAUUUCA